AGACCACAACAGGACGGAAACAGUAAUGUCAUUAAAGAGUUGUCAUCCCCGAAGAAAGUUCGUCUUCAUCAAAACGCACAAGACCGGGAGCUGUACUGCCGUGAACAUCUUCCAGAGAUACGCCAUCAGUCACCAUCUGUCUGUGCUGAUGCCAACCGGAGGGAAUCUGCUCUCAUGGCCCUUCCCUCCUGCAGAAGAGGACUAUGUCCACACCCCAGAUGAACAGUAUGACGUCCUGCUGAGCCACAUGGUGUACAAUAAAACAUGGCUACGGACCAAGUUCCCGGCUAACACAGCCUACAUAUCCAUCCUCAGAGAGCCAAGCAGCCAUUUGAGAUCGGCCAUAAACUACUACAGUCUACCCGAGCUGCUGAAGAUCGAGUCUAAGAACCCUGUCCAGACGUUUCUGCAGGACCCGUGGAAGUACAAGGACCUGUCUGAGGCUUACUUUGACUUCUGUAAUGUAACCUGGGACGGCACCAGGAACUUCCUGUCAUUUGAUUUGGGGUACCCUACAGAGGGAGCAGAGGAUAAGGAACGAGCUCGUAGGUACAUCAGUGAACUAGAAGCGGACUUCACGCUGGUCUUGCUGCUGGAACAUCUGGACGAGUCUCUGGUUCUCCUCAGACGUCUGAUGUGCUGGGAGGUGCGAGACGUUCUGUACGACAUCGAGGCAAAGAACAACCGGACUUACCCGUACAAAUCUUACAUCCCCACCGCCGAGGAACUCGCCAACCUCCGCCGGUGGAAGGCCGUGGAUUACUUACUGUAUGACACGUUCAACGCCUCCUUGUGGAGGAAGAUUGCAGCACAGGGUCCAGAUUUUUACGAAGAGCUCCACUACUUUCGAGAAGUGAGGAAGAGUGUCAGCAAGUUCUGCCACACGCGUAAACGUAGAAGGAGUCGCCAUCAUCAACAGCCUCUCAUCAUAAAGGCGUCCAAGUGGAGUCCGCAGUUUGCGGUAGAUUCCAUGUACUGCAGAGGUAUACAAUACACGGAAAUUGAACUUGGGAAGUAUAUCAGAAAACGUGCAUCAGCGAAAGACAAGGAAGAGAGGAAAAUCAUGAGAGUCGCCGAAAACGUGCUUCGUAUUGUCCAUGGUCUACCUACUGUAAAAUUCCAAUACGACGGUAGAAGCAAAAAUGGAAAGAUGAUAGUGCCACGUAAAGCCAACCUUUGAGUGUACCCAACUAUAUAGCCCAACCUAGGGGAGCUACCAAGUGAACAUAUUGUCGUCUACAAUAUAAGAGACUAUUUAACGUACACUGUGAUGGUUGCAGGAAACCAACAAGCAUUGUGUACCUUUAUUUGGUACAUCACAAACGACGAAUAUACAAAAUGAUGAUGCAGAUGAACUUCAAAGGGUGUGGGUAUGCCAUUUUCGUUACGUCUUUGUUAUGAAGAUUUAUUAAAACUAAUACUGGGGCUAUAACAAAUAAGAAAGAUAUUAAGAAUAAGACAAUCAAACUAAGGCAGAAGUACCUUUAAACUUCAAACUUUAUUGCACAAUCAACAUGGCAGUUCCUAAUGAAACUUAAUUGAAUAGAUUUUACAUAAUUUUUGCCUCCUACAGCAUUGCAAUGAUUUAACAUACAAACAGCAAAACUUUAUAAAUUUGUCAUCAACGUUUAAAGAGCUUGUCAUGGACAUGGAUAGAGUAUCGAGAUAAAGGCAUUAUUGCGUAUGUUAGUUUGACUUAUGGGAUGUUUAAGAGCAAAUGUCUAUAAGGAUCAAACAAUAGUGCUCAGGGUCAAAACAUCAAUUUGCCUCAUAUUUUGCAGCAAACUUGGCCCACAACCCCUCAAAAUAGCUUUAUUUCCUGUCAAAACCCAUUGUUGCCAUGGCAACAGCCAAAACAAAUUUUGAGUCCAUUUUCACAGAUUUUUGCAUGUCAACGACUUGGCCAAGUUAAGGACUUACUGUCAAACGAUUUAUCGCAACGAAUAUAGAAAAGGAUCGUAUUAGACUGAUAUCUACACAAAUACAAAAUACGCGUGUGAAGUCGAUGUACAUAUAGAUUUCUGUCCAUUGGCAGCCUCAAAACAAUACCAUGCUUUCAGUCUUCAAAAAACUUGAUUUUUUGCUCAACCUUGAGGAGGCAGAAGACUCAAUGUGUAAAAUAUUUUUGCUUGAAAUGUAUAACGGAUACAUAUAUUUUAUAGGAUAUAUUAUAGGAGAUGAAUUGUCAAAUAUUUUUAUGAAUAAAGGGGUUGGAUGACUUAAGCAAGAAGAUUGCUUUUGUUGGUCUGUAAGGCCACGUUAAUUUGAUUAUAUGGAUGACAUCCGCGCUCGCACCAAUUUUCGGCCAUUUCCAAAAAAAAAAGAAGUUU